CCGAAUAAAUCAAAACAAUGUUUCGAAUCAAACCUGUCGUGUUGUUCCCUCCGGCCUCAUUAAAGAAAUUAGUUAAUACCACUCAUUAUUCGCCGAGAUCUCAAUUAAUUUUACAAUCAUGUCGGGCUGCCAGCACUGCUACAGGAAAUACCACGUUUUUGAGCCAAAUUUAUUCAGACCUUUCAGGAUCCAGCUGGGUCGUGAAUACCCAACAUCUCCUUGAAACUGUUCAUGACUACACACACCUGCCUUGGUGGGCCACAAUAGUUGUCUCAACCAUCUCUCUAAGGUUGGCAAUCACAUUGCCUUUAGCUGCCUAUCAGCACAUCAUCUAUGCCCGACUGGGAAACCUAAAACCAGAAAUGGACGCCAUUCUCAAAGAUCUCAAGAAAGAGACUGACCGAGCAGUAAUCAUGUAUAAAUGGGAUGCCAAAAAAGCCAAACUAGCUUUCCAUGUUUCUGCCAAGAAACAGUGGAAUCUACUCAUUCAGAGGGACAAUUGCCAUCAAUUCAAAGCCACAGUCCUACUCUGGGGUCAGAUUCCUCUCUGGGUCUGCAUGUCAGUAGCACUCAGAAACAUGGCCAUGAUGCUUCCUGUACAGACCAUUGAUGCUCAGAUUCUCUACUUGUCUCUGAGCACCGGUGGGUUUGGUUGGAUCCCCAAUCUGACCGAAGUGGACCAUUCAUUGAUUUUGCCAGUUUUCAUGGCCCUUACUAAUUUGGCCAUCAUUCAAAUCCAAGUGAUGAGCAAAGUGGGACCCUCAUCCCGGCUGUCCAAUGCAAUGAUGAAUGUUUUGAGAGUUUUUUGCCUUGUUAUGGUCCCCGUUGCUGCCUAUGCGCCCGCCGACGUUGCGCUUUACUGGACGGUAUCAUCGGUUUACGGAUUGGCCCAGAAUUUAGUCUUACUCUCGCCAAGCUUCAGGAGAUUUUCCCGGAUACCCGUGACACACGGUGAGAGGCCUCAGCCUUAUCGGCACAUCGUCAACCAAAUAAAAGAUCAUAGACUGUUUCAAUAACCUCGUCAAAUUUAGUCUCAUGGAUUCAAUGUCAGACCAAGAUCAGAGAUCAUUUACAUUUUAUUUGCAGUGAGUUCGAGUGUAUUUAUAUAAAUAAUGUAAGUCUCACUAUAACUGACUGGGUCGACUAUGUAAAAGUAAAGAUAUGUAAUCCAUUCUGUGUGUUUUAAUAUGUUUAUUAGAGUAUAAAUUUGGAUGCUAUGUUGCAGAUUUGUAUAAUAUGUUUUGCAUUUCCAUCAAUAAAAAAAGAAGAACUGGA